UUACUUAACUUUACUGAAGCCUUUAUUCACUGUGAAUAAUCCCUGCUGUGAACUGCACAGCCUCAGCAACACAAGGCAGUUAUUUAUAUUGACCAUGUUGUUGUGAUAUUUACAUAGUAUCUGCAUAAGAAGUAGGCCAGUAGUUCUUUGUGGUAGUAGUUCAGUCAGCAAAAAAAAAAAAUGUAUGCACCUGCCAAACAGACCCACAUCCACUUGAGAGAGGGAGAGAGAGGAAGAGAGAGAGAGAGAGAGAGAGAGGAAGAGAGAGAGAGAGAGAGAGAGGAAGAGAGAGAGAGAGAGAAAGAGAGAGAGAGAGAGAGAGAGAGAGAGAAAUGGCGCCUCGAUGCUGCGCUCACUGAGGCAGUGUUUGGAGCCGGCUAGGGAGAUUCUGUAAGGGCAGACAAAAGGAAAAAAAAAGACAUGGUGAACACGAGGAAAAGCUCACGGACGGGGAGCGGCCCGUUCAUCUCCUCCAGGACCCGGUCGUCGUCGAGAAACGAGCGAAACUCUGAGGAACAUAAGGAGCCCAGUAGUGAUGUGAGCUGUCCCAGCAGCCCGCGGUUGGCUCCCCCUUCCAAGCGGACACGCCGGCAGACGGCCUCCGAGCCCAGCUCCAGUGAUACCUCCCCAUCCCCUCAGACUAAGGGCCAGAGGGUCAGCUGGGGCAUUCCCACCUACCGCACCAGGUUGUCCUCACGUAUAAUGCAAAAUGGGCAUGCACAUAUGAGUCACCGGAAUGAUGAGAGCGGAGGGGGAGAUCACUCUCACAUGAAUGGCCAUGUGGAGCUGAAGAGGAGCUGCCGAGUGAAGAAGAGCCAAUUCGAACACCUCAAUCAAAGCCUGCUGUUCGACCAGCUGGUCAACAGCACUGCUGAGGCUGUCCUUCAGGAGAUGGACAACAUUAGCAGCAUCAGGCAGAACCGUGAGGUGGAGCGACUUCGCAUGUGGACUGGAGACACAGAGGAGGAGAACAUGGACAUGUAUUCCCGGGUGAAGCGCCGGAAAUCCAUGCGCAGGAGCACUUUCAGCAUGCCUGCACACCACAAAGUCAUGAGCAAAGCUGAGCAGGAGGAAGAAGAAGAGGAAGGCACAGAAGAUUCUCAUGGUGAGGAAGAAGAGGAGGAUGCAGAGGAUGAUGAUGAGGAUGAUGAAGGGGAUGAAGUUGAAGAGGCGGGAGAGGAAAAUGACAGGCCAUAUAACCUGAGGCAGCGAAAGACGGUGCAGAGAUAUGAAGCACCACCUAUUGAGCCCGUGAACAGAAAACAGAGCAACCCCUCACUUUUUGACACCCACAGAUCCCCAGCAAGAAGAAGCCAUAUAAGAGUGAAGAAACAUGCCAUUCACAGCAGCGACACCACCUCGUCUUCUGAUGAAGAGCGGUUUGAGCGAAGGAAAAGCAAGAGCAUGACCCGCGCGAGGAACAGAUGUUUGCCUAUGAACUUGACUACAGAAGACCUGGCUAGUGGGGUGCUGCGCGAUCGGGUGAAAGUGGGUGCCAGCUUGGCGGAUGUGGAUCCAAUGAACCUCGAUAGCUCAGUGAGAUUUGACAGUGUGGGUGGCCUCAGUACUCACAUUCAGUCGCUGAAGGAGAUGGUAGUGUUCCCAUUGCUUUACCCUGAGAUCUUUGAGAGGUUUAAGAUUCAGCCUCCCAGAGGGUGUUUGUUCUAUGGACCUCCAGGGACAGGAAAGACUCUGGUAGCAAGGGCACUUGCCAAUGAGUGUAGCCACGGAGACAGGAAGGUUUCGUUCUUCAUGAGGAAAGGAGCUGACUGCCUUAGCAAGUGGGUCGGUGAAUCAGAACGCCAGCUACGCCUGCUCUUUGACCAGGCUUACCUGAUGAGGCCAUCCAUCAUUUUCUUUGAUGAGAUCGAUGGUUUGGCUCCUGUUCGCUCCAGCAGACAAGAUCAGAUACACAGUUCUAUUGUGUCCACUCUGCUGGCCUUGAUGGACGGCUUGGACAGUCGUGGGGAGAUAGUGGUCAUUGGUGCUACAAACAGACUUGACUCUAUCGACCCGGCACUCAGGAGGCCUGGACGCUUUGACCGGGAGUUUCUGUUCAACCUGCCAGACAAGAAGGCCAGAAAGCACAUCUUGGAGAUUCACACUCGGGAAUGGAAUCCCAAAUUGGCUGAGCCAUUUGUAGAUGAACUUGCAGAAAAAUGUGUCGGCUACUGCGGUGCUGACAUCAAAGCACUUUGCACAGAGGCAGCCUUGGUGGCGUUGCGCCGCCGCUACCCCCAGAUCUACGGCAGCAGUGUUAAACUGAAGCUGGAUGUCACCUCGAUUGUCCUGGGGCCUGGCGACUUCAGCAAGGCCAUGAGGACAAUCGUCCCAGCCUCCCAGAGGGCUCUGGCUCCCCCGGGCCGAGCCCUGUCCCCCACCCUCCGGCCCCUGCUGGCCAGCUCUUUCUCCUUGGUGCUGAAAGCUCUGCUCCGAGUCUUCCCCCACGCUCAGUGUACUGACAGGGACAACACACAUGGCGGUGACAAUCAACUGCUCGAAGAGGACUUGUACAGCGACGAUGACAAUGAGGAAGGCUCUGCUUCCAUAUAUGAAGUCCAGCCUGCUGCAUCCCCAAAGAGUCAGCUCUCCUCUUCCGCAACGCACAGACCCUUCCUCCAUUUCUCCUUCUCUGCUCUCAAACAGCCCACAGCAUACCGGCCUCGUCUGCUCCUGGCCGGGGCCCCAGGCUCAGGACAGAGCUCCCACUUGGCCCCUGCUUUGCUGCACCACCUGGACAAGCUGCCGGUGCACCGCCUAGAUUUGCCCACUCUCUACUCCGUCAGCGCUAAGACGCCAGAGGAGUCCUGUGCUCAGGUUUUCCGUGAAGCACGCCGGAGCGUGCCCAGUGUGGUAUUCAUGCCCCAUGUGUCAGAGUGGUGGGAGACAGUGAGUGACACUGUGAAGAGCACCUUCCUUACCUUGCUGCAGGAUGUACCCUCAUUCAGCCCUGUCCUCAUCCUUGCUACUGCCGAGACUCACUACUCACAGCUGUCAGACGAGGUGAAAAGUAUGUUCCAGAGGACCUAUGGGGAGGUCGUGACGCUAUGCCCUCCAGGAGAAGAGGACAGGAGGAUCUUCUUCUCUGACCUCCUGCUGGUCCAAGCGGCCCGAGCUCCGCCACGUCUCAGGAAUACAGAGAGACAUAAAGAGGUAUUGCUUGUGGCAGAGGCUCCAGGUCCGAGAGUCCUGUCAGCAGAGGAACAGCGCCGCCUGGCUGAACAGGAAGAUAACACACUACGGGAGCUCAGGCUCUUUCUCAGGGACGUGACCAAGCGCCUGGCCACUGACAAACGCUUCAACAUCUUCAGCAAGCCAGUUGACAUUGAAGAGGUGUCAGACUACCUGGAGGUUAUUCGGCAGCCUAUGGACCUGUCUACUGUCAUGACCAAGAUUGACACCCUCCAGUACCUGACAGUGAAGGAUUUCCUGCUGGACAUCGACCUCAUCUGUAGUAACGCUUUAGAAUACAAUCCUGACAAGGAUCCUGGAGACAAGGUGAUCAGGCACCGAGCAUGCAGUUUAAAGGACACAGCCCAUGCUAUAUUUGCCUCCGAGCUGGACCCCGAGUUUGACCGCAUGUGUGAAGAGAUCAAGGAGGCGCGCAAAAAGAGGGACCUCCAGACGCCAGCUCUGCUGACGGCAGCUCCGGGUGCUGUGGCAACCAGAAAGCAUCACACUGCAGGCGAAGAGCAGGCCAGGAGCAGCACUCAAGGCGAGGCCACUUACAAACAAUGCACCACUAAUCAUAUAAAGCGGAAGAUUCGCCGGCGGCCAUCUUGGGGGCGGGGCAUCAUCCGUAAGAAGAGGUACUACAAGAAAGGAACAGAAGAAGAGGAGGAGGAGCCAGAGGCAGAAGUAGAGGCCGCGGGGCCGAGUGACUCGUGUUUGACCCAGGAUGAGGAGUCAUCUUGUGAUACCAUGGGUCCCCAGCCCAAUGGCCAUCAUCCCCAUGUCCCAUCCACAGAGGAGGAGAGCUCCAAUGAGCCCCCCGUUGCAGCUCCUUCUGAAAAUCCAGAUGCCAGUGAAGCCCAAGAAGAGCCAUCACCUAAAGAGGAGGAGCCCACAGCCAAAGAGGCAGAGUCCGAGAACACAGAGGAACACACCCAGCUGCACUGCCCUUGUGAUGGUUCUCAGCCUAAGGCAGAUGGGGAUAGCCAGGACAAGCAGGCUGUCAUCCAGCCCUUGAUUGAAACGUCCGAGUCUUCAGAUGCUGAGGCCCAGCCUAAGCACACAGAGGGCCUCAUAGUAUCACAAGUGGGCUGUGUGAAUGGAAACGAGUCGAUGGACAGCUUGGACUCACAGAGCCUCAAGAAGAGUUGUGAGGCUGAGAAAAUGACUCAUCAGAGCACAGCUGAGGGCUCUAACAAUAAUCCAGAACAGGAAGAGCACAAAGACAACAACAGCCAGCCAACUCAGGAGCACCCUCCCCAGGACGGGAGGGCAGUACCAGAAAAUAUUGAAGAAGAUCAAGAUAAAGAAGGGUGUUCCAAAGCCAGGAAAUGCAAGAGGAGCCUGUCAGAGCAGCAGAUGGGAUCUGUGGAGAGGAUAGACGAAGAGCCACAACCAGUCCCUCCCCAUCCUCCAGUAGUGGUUGACCACCAGCGACUUUCGGCUCUACUAGAUACGGUGGUGAUGAAGAGUGAGGGUUACAGCGUGGAGCAGCUGGAGAGACUGUAUUCUCUUCUCAGCCAGUGUAUCUACCAGCACCGCAGAGAGUAUGAUAAGACUCAGCUACUGGAGGAGAUGGAGGAGAGAAUCCAGCAUUUUGAUACAUUCCUGUGAGAUGGAGAGAAUACCUACUGUAUCAGGUAGAUCCUGAACACCCCGGGACCACAAAGACACACACAGACUGAGUGAGAGAGAAAGUGAAGGAGCUUCUGAGUCCAGUCCUCAACACAAUAAACACACACAGUAAUCCGGUGCCCCUCCUCUCGCCGGGAGGUAACGUGACAAGGACAGAGACAUUCAAUGGUGCUAUCGUCUCAGGAACCUGGCCAGAUCCAGACCCAUUCUACACAACCAAACCCCUGGAGGUGUGUCAGUCACACACACGCACACACACCGACGGUGACGGGCAACUCUGGUGCUACUCGGGUGCUAACCUUAAUUUUAUCCAUGCUGCUCUUGGGAUUACUUCUUAACUCGGAUGACUAGCAAAACCAACAGAUCGGGUGAUGUCAUAUCGCAGCCUGGCCGCUUCUCUGUAGAGGCCAUGCAUACACACACUCAUACUUACACACCAACACAGACACACACACACGCGCCCUGACGCCUUGCAUUUCUACAAACAAACAGCAGAAAUGCACAACACACACACACACACUCACUCAGAUCCUCACCAGCAGAAGUGUGAAAGCAGAGUGCCGCGAGGAGAUGAGGACAGAUAAUGUUCUGAAUCACUGAGCUACAUUGCUGAGCCCAUCUCGCCCUCGAGCGGAACGCUUCGUCACUGGCCUGUUGUCACCGUGCUAUUAUGCGGCUCUUUUUUUUUUUUUUUUUCCUGCCAUUUAAGCUACUUGAUUAGUUCUAAUAUCUGAGCCACCGCUAAGGAUACUCACCAAGAUCAUAGGUUUACAAAAAAAUAAAAAAUAAAAUAAAGAAAAGAAGUUCUGGUGGGAACACAAACUGGUUGAGGUCAUUAGCACAGCAGGACUAGAAGCUAUGACGUCCUCUUCAAUACAGCGGUCAUCAGGUAUGGGGUCGAAAGCUGUUAGCCUCCACGGUGUUAGCGUAGCGUCGUCUGUUUGUCACCUCACACCGAAACAUUCGCUCAUUGGCUGCCUCUGGCAUUCACAGUCUUAGCAGAUUGUCAUGUCCUGAAUAUUUUUGUGGUAGCUGAGCCCCCUCCCUCCUUCCUCACUACGUUCACAGUCUGAAUGUUUUCCCUCCCUGCUCAAGCUGUGCCCGCCAGUUGAUUUUCCUACCGACACCCCGGCUGGGGAACUGGAAGCAGUACAAAUUGGAAUGCGUCUAGAGUUUGCACUGCCUAGUGUGUGCCUUAUUUAAAAAAAAAUAAAAAAUAACCUCAUAUGGAACUGAUAUAUUGAGAGGGAUUUUUUAUUUUAUUUUAUUUUAUUUUUUUGAUUUACUUUCUUGUUACAAAUAAACAAACUCCAAGUUGGGGUGGGUCUUAACCACUGAGGUCACUGUGACCUCGAAGCAAAAAAAAACUAAAAUUAUCUCAAUGCCGUAAGGUUUCUUAAAUCAUAUCUUGGUUACACAUCUACAAUCUUGGCCACCCAAAAAAUCGGAGGAAUCAGAAAAAGGAAUUUUAGAUCAUACUUCUCUGGCUUUGUCGGUUUCUGGCCAGAUACGUCUCAAGCACUUGAAAUGUUGUUACGAUAUUUAAAUGUAUUCAUGCCCUGUUAAACCCAGCCCUGUUAGGGAGGUCACUCUCCACCUGAGCAGACAGCAGCAGGUGUGCGAAGAGGUUGACAACACCAGCUUUUCCUUCAGUUUUUCAUAUGCAAAAACAUAAUGAUGCGAGUCAAAUGAUUUACUGUGCCAAGUGUUAUCCCACUCCCUCCGAAGGUGCUGACUUAACGGUGCCUGUUCACACGAAUUCUGUUUGGAUUAUGAAAAUGUUCUAUUAGAUGGUCAUAACAACUUAUGUAUUAUGCUGUGUAUUUGAUAAUUAUUUUUUACGGCUCUUUUUUUUUUUUUUAUACGAUGUUUUGCUUGAGUUGAGAUUGCUAUUUUUUUGCAUGGGUUGUAAAUCCAUAAUGAACAAGGCCAUUCUAGGCAGUGCCCGUCACUAAGGUGUAUAAAGCAUUACAUGGUUUUUAUUUUUAUUUUUCUCUCUCUUGUUAAAAUGCGUGUAUCGACUUUAUGGGUUUGUUUUACUCUGUUUUUCUCAACACCAGGUGAGAGAAGCUGGAUUCUAAAUCCUCGGCCAACUUUGUAUAUCUUUUCUGACUGCAGUAAAUGGAGGUAUUUACUGAAGCUUUAUAUACGAAAAAAAAAAGGUUUUAGUGGCAUUUUCGCGAUGCCGUGUAGACUGGUGAAGGCCCCCCCCUUCUUUCUCUCAAAGCACUCUUGUCCAAUCCUCAAACCUCUUGGUGCAACUCUGACCCCAGCUCACCUCUGCCUUUUUCUCAAAAUUCUAGGUGACAAACAAAAAAAAAAAGCAAAGACCAUAUGCAAACUGGCAACGACAGGUUAGCACUUGGACUACUGCAGAGAGAAUAAAACCAAUGCUACCUCAGCUUAAUUUAUUUUAAUGCGAAAACUGUUUACUGGGUACAAACACAGUAUUUCCCUCCCCUCCCCCCCCCAGAAAUACUGUUGCAACAUCUACCGUACCAUCGAAGGUACCAGAUCAGUGCAACCACGGCUGCUGCAGUAAUCCAAGAGUUGUUUAUAUCUCUCUGAUUGUUAAGUAUGUUUGCAUUUGAGCCAGAUGAUGAUUGCAUACAUUUUAAGGAUAUUUCAUGGACUGUAUAUUUUAUGCUUUAGUUUCAGGUUAAUUUCUACUGUACCUUGUCGACACUUGAGGAGAUGAUCCUAGUUCCGCUCCUCUUCUCAUAUUAUCAGCCCCAUACUUUUGUUAGAAGCUACAGAGAGCAUUUUUCUGCCUCUUGACACACUCGCCUUUGUUUUGUUAAAGUUUCAGUUUUGUUUUUUUGCAGAUUUUCAUCUCAUGAUUCUGAUUUAUUUAUUAUUAUUAAAAACAUGUUUUACACCUAAUAUUCCGUAAAUUGUCUUUUUGUACGUUUGAAAUUUUAACGAAUCGGGAAGCGUCACGUGUCCGUUUUAACAGUUUUUUGCUGAAUUUGCGUAGCGUUUGUGUAGCAGGUUUUAUUUGGCGUGUACGGGGGGAAUAAAAGGGUUUACAGGUCACUCAGGUUCAACAUGCGACAACAUGCCCUUUCCACCUCUUUCUAUUUAUUUUAGUGUUCUGGUGUUUUUUUUUCUUCGUUAAAGUGGUUACAGACUGUGGCAUACUGGAAGAGACUUACCAUUAGGACUGAAGUGAUAUUUAAAUAAAAACGUAGUGACCGUCUAAUAGAUCCCAGGAAGAGAAAACAGGACCAGACUAACCUUCUUUUAAUGUUUUUCCACUUUGUCUCCACUUUCUGCCAAAAGAGUUAUUUUUUAUGAAUUUAAAAAAAAAAACACAUAUGGAAACAAAAUGUGGGUAGUUAAAUGUCAUACAUUGUGAUAUUCCUUUCUUAUUAUAAAUUGUAGCCAGUUUGGACUAACAACCAAUUUUUGUCUGGUAGUUGAGACUACGUAGUCCAGUAUGCAGAAGGAAAGGGUUUGUUCUAUCCUGAAUUACUUUGUUCUUCCCUAUUUUCUCCACAGUUGCUUUAGUCGAGACUUUUUCCAUAGCUUUUGUUGGUUUCUGUUCGUUUGUGUAUUUUAACACACCUGUUCGCAAUUGUUACGUUAGUGUAAGUUAUAUUUGAAAUGAAACAUUUACUGUAUUUCUCAAAUAAACUGCUGUGAUAUACUUGAAUAAAAAGGUUCAAACUGUA